AUGCAAGGUGAGGUGCCCUCUACGCGCCGGCUGGGAACGAGGGGCAUCUUCUACGCCGACUUCGAUCUCGGGCAAAUCCUCGAGCUAGCCGAACGUCUCCGGGGCUGCUCGUGCGCCUUCAACUGGGCUAUAUUCCUCGAGUUCGACGAUGGCGUCGAGUGGGUGUUUCGCGCUACCUGCUCAGACCGUAGUGUCGAUAAAGUCGUCACCAGCCGCCUCGUAUCUAGCGAGGCCGCUACCCUCAAAUACGUUCGACAGCACACUGGAAUUCCCGUACCGGAGGUCUUUCACUAUAGCCCCACGUACGAAAAUGACAUCGGGAUCCCGUACAUCCUGAUGAGCAAGGCUGCCAGCCAUUCCCUUGCCGAAUACAGCUGGUGA